UUAGAAUCUGAAUUUUGUUAACAAUUCAAUUCUCUGUCAGAAAAUGCAGAAAGAAAAAAAUUCAAAUUAUCAAGAAUUUAAUUCAAUUUCAGCAUUUUCAGUUGUGCAUCAAUCUGCGUGAUCUAUCUUUCAACUGAAUUAAAUUAACAAGCUCCCCAGGAUAAUUUAAACUGGAGAAAAGAAAUCAAUAAAACCGAAAGAUCAAGAACAAUACUUGGAGAGAUGACAGGCUUGCUGAAACGGUUUGGAUUCGGGUUGCGACCAUGGAUCCGGAAAAGGAUCGUCGACCCACUUCUCCAAAUACUUCGGAGGGGGGCGGAGCCAAAGCAAUUGGCAUUUUCAGGGUCUUUAGGGAUUACCUUGGGUGUCUUCCCCAUCUGUGGGGUUACUGUGUUUCUCUGCGGGAUGGCAAUUGCAGUGCUGGGAUCUCUUUGCCAUGCUCCAACUGUAAUGCUGACUAAUUUUAUAGCUACUCCUAUUGAAUUGAGUCUGGUGAUUCCAUUUUUACGCCUAGGUGAAUUCAUUACCGGUGGGCCUCAUUUUCCUCUAACAUCUGAUGCUUUCAAGAAGGUGUUGACUGGCAAAGCUUCACGAGAAGUCUUACAGAGCAUUUUCCAUUCAUUGUUGGGAUGGGUUGUUGCUGCGCCAUUUAUCAUGGCAACACUCUAUAUACUAUUAUUGCCAUGUUUCAAGAUCUUGGUUCGUAAAUUCAGCAGUGUUCCUUCAAGCCCAAAGAAGCCGGCCCACUCUCUCACAGAAAUCAGGCUAAAAGUCAGGGAUGUAUGAGCAUAAUACUGUUAUGUGCAAUAACUAUCUAUCAUUUACCAAAAAAUGUAACCCCAAAUUACGUCUUCUUGUUGGUAACGCUGUUGUACAUAAAACUUAACACAGCCUUUUACUAUAAGUGUGUAAAUAUGAAUUCUUGUUUCCAAUUCUGCA